UUUCAACUCAAAAGUUCACAAACCCUUCAAAAUGCAAACAGCUUUAACCUUUGCACCCACCACCACCUUUGUGCCUUUGACUGCACCAAAGAGUGUCUCACAUCUAACUACUACUAGUUUCCCUACCAAAUUGAUUGCACCUCGUUACACUGCAGUCAAAGUUGCUACCGGGAAUUCUGACACACCAACAGUUGAUUACAACUCUGCAUUCUCAGUGUUUCCAGCUGAGGCGUGUGAAACAGUUGGAGGGGAAGCAUGUUUAGCAGACAUGUAUCCUGAAGUGAAGCUACAACCAGAGGCAAAGAAUGACACACCAAAGGCUUCAGAAAACAUUGAGAGAGAAUAUCUUGAUUACAAUGACCCUAAGACGGUUUUCCAAGCAGAGGCUUGUGAUGAUCUUGGAGGAACUUUCUGUGAGCCUGAUUAUCAAAAGGGUGUCUACUAGAAGAUAAUGGAAAAACCCUCUUAUUGCCAUGAAUAUUGUUGAAUACUACGUUGUCAUGUGUGUAAUUGUAGUAUUGGUUGUACAUAUAUAAAAUGAGUUGUGAUAUUUAAUUAUCAAAAAUACUAGAAGCUAUUAUUGACUGCGUAUGUAUUUAUCUUUCUCUUA